CGAGCAUGUACACAGUACUUUGCGGGAGUGGAAAAAUUCACGAAGUACGCAACAGACCAUGUUAAAGACGAUGAUGGUCUAAUAAGGUGUCCUUGCGUGGAAUGUGGUAGUGUGCGUAGAAUGACAGUGAAACAGGUAGAAUUACAUCUUCUUUAUAAGGGAAUGAGAAGCGACUACACUAAAUUUACCAUGGUGAGGUCGAUGAAGAUGAAGAAGAUGAUGACGAUGAAGGUCUAGAAUUGGGUGAUGAUAACAUGGAAGAAGAAAAUAGAGAUGGUGACGAUAUGGGUGAAGAUAACGAUAUGGGCGAAGAUGAUAUGCUUGGUGUUCUGAACGACCUCAUGGCUCCAUUAGUGAAUCCGGAAGAGCCUAAUGCCCAAGCUCAAAAUUUCUACAAACUUUUUGGAGAGGCCCAAUCACCGUUGUACGAGGGAUGGGCUUCGAAUGUGUCAAGAUUGUCAUUCGUCACAAAGCUUAUGAAAAUCAAGUGGGAGAAUAAUUGGAGUAACAAUUCAUUUACCCAGUUGGUCAAGUAUAUUCGGGCUGUAUUUCCUAUGGCGAAAUCACUUCCGAAGAAUUACUAUGAAGCAAAGCAGCUUAUGAAAGCCCUUGGGCUACACUACGAAGAAAUAGAUGCAUGUGAGGACGAUUGCGUCCUAUACUACGCCGAGCUAGCAGAUGCGACAUCUUGCCCCACGUGCAAAAAAUCAAGGUGGAAGAAAGUUUAUAAGGAUAAGAAGGGCAGAGAUAAGAAAAUUCCGUGAAAAAUUAUACGGUAUUUUCCUAUCAAACCACGACUACAAAGAUUAUUCAUGUCUUCCAAAAAUGAUAAAGAUAUGGUAUGGCAUGCUCUAAACCGCUCGAAAGAUGGGAUCUUGAGGCAUCCAUGUGACGGAGAGGGUUGGAAGGCUUUGGACGAGUUUGACCCAUCUUUUGGUUCUGAACCCCGCAACGUUCGUUUGGGACUAGCGACUGAUGGUUUCAACCCAUUCGGCAAUAUGAACAACAAGCACAGCACGUGGCCGGUCCUUCUAUUCCCGUAUAAUCUCCCUCCUUGGAAGUGCAUGAAGAAUCCUUUCACCUUCCUGACAUUGCUCAUUCCUAGCCCAAAAGCUCCGGGUAAUAGUAUUGAUGUUUUUUUGAGACCUGCUAUCGAUGAUUUGAAGGCUUUGUGGAAUAAAGGCUUGUUAACUUA